AUGGAGACCCGCGCCGGUCCACACCCGCUGCGCCUGUUUGUCUGCCUGAUGCCCCUGUGCCUCGCGCUGCUCUUGGGACCUGGGCGGCCCGGGACUGCCGAGGAAGUCACCCUGCUGGAUUCUAAAGCCUCCCAGGCUGAGCUGGGCUGGACUGCACUGCCAAGUAACGGGUGGGAGGAGAUCAGCGGCGUGGAUGAGCACGACCGCCCCAUCCGCACCUACCAGGUGUGUAACGUGCUGGAGCCCAACCAGGACAACUGGCUGCAGACCGGCUGGAUCAGCCGGGGCCGCGGGCAGCGCAUUUUCGUGGAGCUGCAGUUCACGCUGCGCGACUGCAGCAGCAUCCCUGGCGCCGCCGGCACCUGCAAGGAGACCUUCAACGUCUACUACCUGGAGACCGAAGCCGACCUGGGCCGCGGCCUUCCCCGCCUCGGUGGCAGCCGGCCCCACAAAAUUGACACCAUCGCUGCAGAUGAGAGCUUCACACAGGGCGACCUGGGCGAGCGCAAGAUGAAGCUCAACACCGAGGUGCGCGAGAUCGGCCCGCUCAGCCGGCGGGGUUUCCACCUGGCCUUCCAGGACGUGGGCGCCUGUGUGGCGUUGGUCUCUGUGCGCGUCUACUACAAGCAGUGUCGCGCCACGGUGCGGGGCCUGGCGGCAUUUCCAGCCACCGCGGCCGAGAGCGCCUUCUCCACGCUGGUGGAAGUGGCCGGGACGUGCGUGGCACACUCGGAAGGGGAGCCAGGCAGCCCCCCGCGCAUGCACUGUGGUGCGGAUGGCGAGUGGCUGGUGCCUGUGGGCCGCUGCAGCUGCAGUGCAGGUUUCCAGGAGCGUGGCGACAUCUGUGAAGCCUGUCCCCCAGGGUUUUACAAGGUGUCACCGCGGAGGCCUCUGUGCUCGCCAUGCCCAGAGCACAGCCGGGCCCUGGAAAACGCCUCCACGUUCUGCGUGUGCCAGGACAGCUACGCGCGCUCGCCGACCGACCCGCCCUCGGCUUCCUGCACGCCACCCUGGGAGGAGGAUGAGAUCCGCAGGGACCGAGUGGAUCCCCAGAGCGUGUCCCUGUCGUGGCGGGAGCCCAUCCCUGCUGGAGCGCCUGGGGCCAACGGCACAGAAUAUGAGAUCCGGUACUACGAGAAGGGUCAGAGUGAGCAGACUUAUUCCACGGUGAAGUCAGGGGUGCCUGCGGUCACCGUCACCAACCUGAAGCCGGCUACCCGCUACGUCUUUCAGAUCCGGGCCGCUUCUCCCGGGCCCUCCUGGGAGGUGCAGAGCUUCAACCCCAGCAUCGAAGUGCAGACCCCAGAGGAGGCUGCCUCAGGGUCCAGGGACCAGAGCCCUGCAGUUGUCGUCACGGUGGUGACCAUCUCUGCCCUGCUCGUCCUGGGCUCCGUGAUGAGCGUGCUGGCUGUCUGGAGGAGGCCCUGCAGUUAUGGCAAAGGAGGUGGGGACGCCCACGACGAAGAGGAGCUCUACUUCCACUUCAAAGUCCCGACACGUCGCACGUUCCUGGACCCCCAGAGCUGUGGGGACCCCCUGCAGGCCGUGCACCUGUUUGCCAAGGAGCUGGAUGCGAAAAGUGUCACCCUGGAGAAAAGCCUCGGAACAGGCAAGCUGGCCACCUGGAGGCCCUGCAGUUAUGGCAAAGGAGGUGGGGACGCCCACGACGAAGAGGAGCUCUACUUCCACUUCAAAGUCCCGACACGUCGCACGUUCCUGGACCCCCAGAGCUGUGGGGACCCCCUGCAGGCCGUGCACCUGUUUGCCAAGGAGCUGGAUGCGAAAAGUGUCACCCUGGAGAAAAGCCUCGGAACAGGGCGGGGGCCUGGCGGGUGGAGGGACGGCGGCUCGGACUCUCAGAGGCUCAGCUUCCUGGCCGAGGCCCUCACCCUGGGUCAGUUCGACCACAGCCACAUCGUGCGGCUAGAGGGCGUCGUCACCCGAGGAAGCACGCUGAUGAUCGUCACAGAGUACCUAAGCCACGGGGCCCUGGACGGCUUCCUCAGGCGUCACGAGGGGCAGCUGGCGGCUGGGCAGCUGAUGGGGCUGCUCCCCGGGCUUUCAUCAGCCAUGAAGUACCUGUCAGAGAUGGGCUACGUUCACCGGGGCCUGGCGGCCCGCCGUGUGCUGGUCAGCAGCGGCCCCCUCUGCAAGAUCUCCGGCUUUGGGCGGGGCCCCCGGGACCGAGCGGAGGCCGUCUACACCACCAUGAGUGGCCGGAGCCCUGCGCUGUGGGCUGCCCCCGAGACGCUCCAGUUUGGCCACUUCAGCUCUGCCAGUGACGUGUGGAGCUUUGGUGUCGUCAUGUGGGAGGUGAUGGCCUUUGGGGAGCGGCCCUACUGGGAUAUGUCUGGCCAAGAUGUGAUCAAGGCUGUGGAGGAUGGCUUCCGGCUGCCACCCCCCAGGAACUGUCCCUCCCUCCUGCACCGACUGAUGCUGGACUGCUGGCAGAAGGACCCGGGUGAGCGGCCCAGGUUCUCCCAGAUCCACAGCGUCCUGAGCAAGAUGGUGCAGGACCCGGAACCUGCGAAGUGUGCCACGGCCCCCCGUCCCAGGCCUCCCACCCCACUGGCAGACCGUGCCUUCUCCACCUUCCCCUCCUUCGGCUCCGUGGGCGCGUGGCUGGAGGCGCUGGACCUAUGCCGCUACAAGGACAGCUUCACCGCUGGUGGCCCCGGGAGCCUCGAGGCUGUGGCCGAGAUGACUGCUCAGGACCUGGUGAGCCUGGGCAUCUCUUCGGCUGAACAUCGAGAAGCCCUCCUCAGCGGGAUCAGCACCCUACGGGCCCGAGUGCUCCAGCUGCAGGGCCAGGGGGUGCAGGUGUGAGCGCCCCCGGUAGUCCGGGGCGGGACUGGCGGGCUGCACUGCAGCUGUGCGGAGCGGGCGCUCUGGUCUGGGCCCAGAGCUGGUCUGACCUUCUCCCCGUGUUACUGCUGGCCUCUCCUGUGUCCCCUGGUGUCGGCACUCCUGGGAAAGAGGUUCCGAACCCUGGGAAGGACCCCUGGGGUAACAGUGGGAGGAAAUUCAGGGUCCCAGGGGCAGAACUGGGGCAGGGAGUGGGAGGAAAGACAGUGGCUUCCUACUGCCCUGGCUCGUCCGUCCGUCUUCCACACCCAGGGGCUGGGCCCCACCCCAGUGGGGGCCCCUUUCCCCGCAGGCCCAUUGGCCAGUCAGCGAGAUCCCUGUGGGGCUCCCGUUCACCCUGCCUGACAGCCCAGACUGGGAGGCUGGCCGUGGGGUAGGCCGUGGCACCCAUGCCUUGGUGGGGUCUGUGUGCACGCUGCCCCCAAGGCCACAGGUAAGGUGAUGCUGACUCAGGGCCCGGCCAGGGCCAUCUCAGGAGUGCAUUUCUGCGUCCCCUCCCUCAUGCCGACAGCUCGGGGUGAGGGCAGCAGCCUAGCGGGGUUGCUCAAAAUCCUGGUGCUCCCCUGGGCCUCGGCCCCAUUUCGCUUUCCUUUUAUGGACCCACUGGCUCGGACAUCUGGGAAGACCAUGAAGGGACAUGUCUUCUCCUCGGGGACCCCAGAGCCUUACUGUCCAGCAUUGGGGUUAGUGACAAAGGGACACUUCGAAAUGGAUCUUCUGAGACAGGCUGGUCUAACCCGCACUGCACUGACCCGAAGCCUGUGAGGAGUCAGGCUAGAGCUGCUUCCAGAGCCUCAGGGGCUGAGGCCGGCUCUGGAGAGCCCUCGGUCUGUCCCAUGGUGCCAACACACUCCAGGCCCUCUGGCUAGCUCCUCCUCCCACCGGCCUCUGCUCAGCUCUCCUGGAAGAAGGGGUCUCGAGGUCCUUCUUAGAAGGGCCCUGGGAGCUGUGGUGAGUGUGAGGCCGGAGCUCUCCCGGGAAGCAGGAAGGAGCCGGAGCUGGGCAUGUCCAUGCCACCCUGACGGGGCAUCUGCUCCGGUGUGACUGUGUAGGGUGGACGGACUAGGGAGGGUGGAGGAAAGAGGGAAAAGGGCCUGGCAUCGGAGGGCUUGGACUAGGUGGGCACCUUCCACCAGUGCCCAGGGCCCUCGAGAGCCCUCGGGGCCAGUAGAGGGCAAGCUGGAGGGGCAGAUGGACACUCUGGCGGUGUGUAUACUGACCGACAUACGGGACAGAGCCCUAGCCAGGCAUGUGGAGCAGGGUGAGGGGGCGGCCCUUUCCCUGGGAUGGGUGGAGCUUGCAGCAGACCAGCCAGCAGAUGGGAGGACAGCCAAGGGGCCGGGAGGAGCGGAGGCCUGGGGCUGCCACGGGGGAUGGUGUUUCAGGGCAGUGUUUCUGGCCUCACACUGCCAGCAGCAGCCGCUUUCUUGGAGUCUCCCCCCCCCUUCUCCUGAGCACCUACCCCAGCCCCAGUGACUUCGGGGUACUGGGGGACUGAGAUAGUCUUCCACCUUUGACAGGGUUGGGGUGUCCCCUUCUAGGCAGUCCCCCUGCCCCCAAUCUUCACCUUCCCCACCCUCUCCAGGGAAGCCUGGGCCAGCUUCUAAGGCAUGUGGGGCCUGAGGUCCGUCUUAGAGGCUGUCCCCAUCUCCAGCCACACUGGCCAUUCUCUUAAGGUCAACGUGUCCCCUCCCCAUGCUGUUCUGCAGGGGGCCCUUGGCUGUGUUGGCCCGACUUCGGUGUCCAGGGUAGACUUCCCUCCACUGAGGAGGGAGGUCCCAGAAUCCUGACGGGCCCCAGGCCUCAGCCCUGCACAGGCGCAGCGGGGUGUGGGCUGCUGGCGCUCCAGGCCCUCCACAGAUCUAUUUUUAUACGGAACUCGUUCACUGGACAGAGUGAGGCGGCCUGCGGCCCCCCUUCAGUUGCAUCGGAGCCAUCUGGGGAGGGAGGGGGCCGGCCGGGGAGGCGGUUCCUUUGGCCCAUUCUGGAGGUGUUUUGUAUUUCUUGGGUUCCACGUGCAGGACAAAGUAAUAAAACCUGUGAUAAGGCGCCGGAGCGGCA